UGCAAAUCCGCUUUUGUGGAGAGCUUUUUCCUAGCAGGUACACCUUUAUUUAUCCCUAAAAUCCACGAUUAAACUGCUGCAUGAUGAUGGAUUCAAAGUAUCUGGAGCAACAAGUUGGUGUUCCAUUAUCAAAGUGCCUGGCUGAGGUGAUUCAGCAUCGUCCUAUAGAUCCGAUUGAGUUCAUGGCGAACUGGUUGAAAACAUACAGACAAAAUGUUUUAUUUGCUGAAAAGAUGGAAGUUGAAGCGGCACAGUUAGCAAAAGAACAUGAAGACUACGCUCGCGAGAUGGUAAUGCAGGAAAAGAGACGAGCAGAGGUUGAGCAGCUCAGAAAGGAGGAAGAGGAAAAACAAAAGGCUCUAGAAGCACAACUUGCUGCCCAGAAAAUGAAACAGGAUUCUAACUUGUCUGCUCCUAAUUUACCGCCACUGCCAGAAGGAGAGGAGCCAAGUCAAGAUGAAACCGCUAGAGAGGAGAGCGCGCCAGUGGAAAAUGGCGAAGCUGCACCAGCUGGAGAGCCUGAGGCUCAGGAACAAGCCCUUUAUUUCCACGAGAGUGCACCAGUCGAAAAUGCCAAGGCUGCACCAGCAGAACCGGAGCCAGAGGCUCAGGACCAAGAAGAGGAGGCAGAAGAGGAGGAGUCAUAGUUAUCAUUCUUCAUUGAUCAGAUGUAAAAAAAGGGAAUAACUCGCCUGUGCACAGAUGGCAUGAAAUUGAAUUGUUCUUCGAAAUUGUCUAGUACUCACACAGUCAUUUAGUGCCUUGGGCCACUCUUUCUUUGCCCUUGGUUGUAUCAAGUGUAACAUAGAUCUAUAAACCUUGGUUGUAAAUCAAAGAUGUAUGCCUCUGGAUUAUGUUGAAACUAAUAAGAACCACCAGAAACUUGUGUGCUGCAUACAUUAUACUGGUUAGUGUAGAUUUGAAAAGAACAGUCAUUCAGAAUCAAAAUGUAGAUUUUAUACUGAGUUACUUUUUAGUCAAUAAAAAAACUAGGGAUAACCUCACAUUACUAUUCUAAGUCAUUUUGUCUUAUUUUCACAAUCUCAACAGAUUUGUCAUGCAUUCAGCAGUAUACCAUGGCAUUCUCAUCACAAACUGAUUUGUCAAUCACUGAUUCAGUCAUUCAAUUAUAUGAUGGCAGUGUCACUCUUGUUAGGAAUAUGCUUGUGAAUUCUUUGUUUGAUUAUGAUACAGUUAUGUGUUUUACCAAAUUUGAAUAAAGACUAGUCUUUGAUAAUUCUUGAUUUAACUCAUUACCAUUGAAUGUACAUGUAUUAUGAUGUAUUACCAGUUACUGUCCAAGUUUUAUUCAUAUCUGUCCAAGCUUUGUGCAAGUUUUGUUUAUUUGUUCAGCCGUCUAUUUUUGUGUUCAAUUUAUUUCUUUUCAUCCUAAUUUUGACAACAUCUUAUGGCUAGUGGUAGAAAACACCUUUUAGGGGACAGGACAGAGCUGUGUUAAUUGUCCGUUAAUUUCAAAUCACAUAGGAGUAAGGCUAUAUUCUAUUCCUACUGUCUUUGAGAGCCCAAGAAACAUAUAAAACCAAUACUGUUAAUGAAAACAUUCCUACUUUCCAAUCUUUCAUUCUGGUUUGAAUAAAAUUAGAGGUUGUGUUACUUAGCAUUUGAUGAUAUUCAAGUGUUCAUGUCAACUUUGUGAAAUAUAUUUAUUUAU